AGCCGGAAGCGUUGGGGAGGCGUUGGCGACGGCUACGGCAGCGGCGCACGUGGUGACGUGCGAGGGGGUGAGGCGCUAGCGGGCGGCUGCGGCGGGCGCAGUGUCUCCGGGACGCGCGUGGAGGUCGGUCUCUCGGAACUGCCGGGCACAGUUUCGCCGCCUGCGGCUUCAGCGCCGCUGUGCCAGCGAGCCAGCGAGCGAGUCCCUGCGAAUUUCCGGUGCGCUCCCCUUCCUCGCAGCCUCUGCGGGCUGUUCGCUCGUCUCCCCGCUCGGUCGCUCCAUCCUCGGUGGCCUCGAGACGCUUUCCGUUGGGCCGAUUCCCGCCCGCUUCCUCCUGCUCCCCUUUGAAGCUCCAGAGAUGAGUUUUUCCAUCUCUUCAGAGAUGAACCAGAUUAUGAUGCAUGAUUAUCACAGAAGAAGUUCGUGUCUAUAGCUUUAAAGGACUUGAUUACAUCAUUUUCAAGCCUGAUAGUUUUGGAAUCACCAUUAGAGCUUCAGACACCUCUGCCUUCACUUCAGCCACCUGUCUUCAUACCUCAACAAAGCGCUGAGUUUCCUUUGUCCUUGAUUAUUUAAAACACCCUGGAAAAUACAUUUCUCACCAGUAUAGUAGCCAAAUUAUAAGGAAAAAUGAUUCCCAAUGGAUAUUUAAUGUUUGAAGACGAAAAUUUCAUUGAGUCUUCUGUUGCCAAAUUAAAUGCCCUGAGGAAAAGUGGCCAGUUCUGUGAUGUUCGACUUCAGGUCUGUGGCCAUGAGAUGUUAGCACACAGAGCAGUCCUGGCUUGCUGCAGCCCCUAUUUAUUUGAAAUCUUUAAUAAUGAUAGUGAUCCUCACCGAGUUUCUCAUGUUAAGUUUGAUGAUCUCAAUCCGGAAGCUGUUGAAGUCUUGUUGAAUUAUGCCUACACUGCUCAGUUGAAAGCCGAUAAGGAAUUAGUCAAAGACGUUUAUUCUGCAGCAAAAAAGCUGAAGAUGGACCGAGUAAAGCAGGUUUGUGGUGAUUAUUUACUAUCUAGAAUGGAUAUUACCAGCUGCAUCUCUUACCGAAAUUUUGCAAGUUGUAUGGGAGACUCCCGUUUGUUGAAUAAGGUUGAUGCUUAUAUUCAGGAGCAUUUGUUACAAAUUUCAGAAGAGGAAGAGUUUCUUAAACUUCCACGGCUAAAGUUGGAGGUAAUGCUUGAAGAUAAUGUUUGCUUGCCCAGCAAUGGCAAAUUGUACACAAAGGUAAUCAACUGGGUGCAGCGUAGCAUCUGGGAGAAUGGAGACAGUCUGGAAGAGCUGAUGGAAGAGGUUCAAACCUUGUACUACUCAGCUGAUCACAAGCUGCUUGAUGGGAACCUACUAGCUGGACAGGCUGAGGUGUUUGGCAGUGAUGAUGACCACAUUCAGUUUGUGCAGAAAAAGCCACCACGUGAGAAUGGCCAUAAGCAGAUAAGUAGCAGUUCCAUUGGAUGUCUGUCUUCUCCAAAUGCUACAAUACAAAGCCCUAAGCACGAGUGGAAAAUCGUUGCUUCGGAAAAGACUUCAAAUAACACUUACUUGUGCCUGGCUGUGCUGGAUGGUAUUUUCUGUGUCAUUUUCCUUCAUGGGCGAAACAGCCCACAGAGCUCACCAACAAGUACUCCAAAACUCAUUAAAAGUUUAAGCUUUGAGAUGCAACCAGAUGAGUUAAUAGAAAAGCCCAUGUCUCCUAUGCAGUAUGCACGAUCUGGUCUGGGGACAGCAGAGAUGAAUGGCAAACUCAUAGCUGCAGGUGGCUAUAACAGAGAGGAGUGUCUUCGAACAGUUGAGUGCUAUGAUCCACAUACAGAUCAUUGGUCCUUUCUUGCUCCCAUGAGGACACCAAGAGCCCGAUUUCAAAUGGCCGUACUCAUGGGCCAGCUCUAUGUGGUGGGUGGAUCAAAUGGCCACUCAGAUGACCUGAGAUGUGGAGAGAUGUAUGAUCCAAACAUAGAUGACUGGACUCCUAUUCCAGAAUUGAGAACUAAUCGUUGUAAUGCAGGAGUGUGUGCUCUGAAUGGGAAAUUAUACAUCGUUGGUGGCUCAGAUCCAUAUGGUCAAAAAGGACUGAAAAAUUGUGAUGUAUUUGAUCCUAUAACAAAGUCAUGGACAAGCUGUGCUCCUCUUAACAUUCGUAGACACCAGUCUGCAGUCUGUGAGCUUGGUGGUUAUUUGUACAUAAUUGGAGGCGCAGAGUCUUGGAAUUGUCUGAACACAGUAGAACGUUAUAAUCCUGAAAAUAACACCUGGACUUUAAUUGCAUCCAUGAAUGUGGCUAGGCGAGGAGCUGGAGUGGCUGUUCUCGGCGGAAAACUGUUUGUAGGUGGUGGCUUUGAUGGUUCUCAUGCCAUCAGUUGUGUGGAGAUGUAUGAUCCAAUUAGAAAUGAAUGGAAGAUGAUGGGAAACAUGACUUCACCAAGGAGCAAUGCUGGGAUUGCAACUGUAGGGAACACUAUUUAUGCAGUGGGAGGAUUUGAUGGCAAUGAGUUUCUGAAUACGGUGGAAGUCUAUAACCUUGAGUCAAAUGAGUGGAGCCCCUAUACCAAGAUUUUCCAGUUUUAACAAAUUGAAGACCCUUUCAAACUAACAGGCUUAGUGAUGUAAUUGUGUUAGGUAGAGGUACACUUGUGAAUAAGGAGGGUGGGUGGGUAUAGAUGUUGCUAACAGCAACACAAAGCUUUUGCAUAUUGCAUAUUAUUAAACACGCUGUACAUACUUUUUGUGUUUAUUGGGAAAGGAAUGCAAAGAUGAAGGUCUGUUUUGUGUAUUUUUAGGGCUACUUUCGUUAUUUUAGUUUUUUGGAAGUUGAUAUUGUAAAAGAAUAAACCAAGAAUUGAUUGGGCACAUCAUUUCAAGAAGUCCCCUCCUCCACAUUUGUUUGCCAAUUUGCACAUUAAAUGACUCUUCCCUCAAAUGUGUGUAUUAUGGGGCAAGAGAGGUAGGGUUUUAAGAUAUAGGCAGUUGGGUUUUUUAAGGUCCCUUUUUCAAUAACUGGAACAUUCUAUAACAAAGAGACUUAUUUAACUAGAUGACAAUGACUUUUUGUUUUUAUUAAAAAAAAGCUUACAUGCCUACUGAGGUUUAAUCUUUUAUGAUGGCCUUUUUAUAAAUUUUUGUAUUCUCAGCAGAGUGCUUUACUUGUUGAAGUAAAAUGUGGCAGGUUCAAAUUACUGAAGCAGAGUGACAGUCUUAAAAGUAUGCAGUGAGGUGUUUUACACGCCCAGAAUGCAAGCUUCAGAGAGCUCUUGCCUCAGCUACAAUUUUUUUUUUUUUUUUUUUGAGAAUGCAAUACCAAUGUUUAUUGGAAUGGAGUUGCUGAACAGUAACAUGGCUGUGAUUUUUAUUUGAUAACACUGUUUUUAAAUACUUUGACUUCUUGGGAGUAUAUUUUAUAUAGCAAAACACUCAAUAUUAUAUUAAUAACAGUAAAGAACAGUGAAGUAUUUUAUCUUCUAAAUAAUUCCUAUUUUUUAUUUAUCAUUAAAAAAAAUCCUAAAUGGCAGCCCUUGAUUGUAAAAAAAAAAAAAAAUACCUUAAACUGUAUUGGGUUUAUGAAUGCAGCCUUUAUCAGAACUAUGUUUUUGUUCAGUUUUCCUAUUCAUAUGGAUAAAUACUGGUUGGGGUGGUGACUUGGUAUCUAAUGUGUAAUGCUACACAUAUAACUUACGGUGCCAAAAUUAGAACAUCCUAAUGCUUGCUGCUGAUGCAAACAUAUUAAAGGUACUUUGCAGGAAAUCCUUGCACCAUGGGAUUACUAUCCAAAUGUUGUUGUGUACUCAUUCAUUACUAAAAGUUUUUGGGGGAAAUUUUUUUUUCCAGUAAAAAUGAGCUUAAGGUAUUUGUGGGAAAAUAGUUAACUGGCAUCUUAUAUCUGAAAUAAGGACUGAUGUAAAGGGGGUUUUUUGGUUUUGUUUUCUCUGGGAAGACAAAGAGGCAAACAGGAAUCUAAUGAGCCAACUGGGACAACAUGACUAUCCACUGGCUAACCUGGGUGAGAAGAAAAUUAGGUAUUUUUUUUACAAAUGUUCCGCUGGGUCUUUGACACCUUAUUUCACUCAUCUAUCCCCACAGAGAACCAACAAGAAAGGAAAUCAGUUUGCCUGGUGGCUGUGUAGUUCCUAUCAUUGGUUUGGUUCUGGGCUAAAACUGGGUUGGCAGAUUUGAAUUUGCCUAAUAUGAUGAAUAUUUUUAAAAUAGAUCUGUAUAUGUUCUAUUUAUUUAGCACAAGGAAAUAAAAUUUUAGUGGGGG